AUGUUCCUGACCGCCGUCCGUCGCUCGAGCAACGUUCUCAAGUCGUUCAAGCCACUCUACGACAGAGUUCUCGUCGAGAGAGUCGCCGCUGAGACCAAGACCAAGGGAGGAAUCAUGCUCCCAGAGAAAUCGCAAGGAAAGGUCCUCGAGGCCACCGUCGUCUCCGCCGGAGCCGGACUUCGCAACGAGAAAGGAGAGCUCGUCGCGUUGACAGUGAAACCAGGAGAUCGUGUUCUUCUUCCAGAAUACGGAGGCACCAAGGUCGUCGUCGAGGAUAAGGAAUACUCGAUCUUCCGCGAGUCUGAUCUUCUCGGAGUCUUCCACUAA